GGAUUUGGCCGAAGGAUUUUCCUAUCGAGGAGAGAGGGUUGCCGAAUGGAAAUACAAAAGCGGCAAAAAUAGAUCAUUCGUUGCGUUGUGAACUAGAGCAAAGUGUGGCCGUGGAAUAGAGACAACACCCACAUGGGCAGGAAAGGUAGGAAAACAGCAGACGCCGGGGAAGGGGAUGCUCCCCUCACAAAACGGGCUCGUUUGGAGGAACCCGAAAUUUCAGGGUAUGCGGUUCAGUGGGAAUGGGAGGGAGAUAAGGGAGUGUGGACAAGAUACUCGGAGAGCAUGAAUGGAGACAUUACUGAUGCAUUCAACAGCAAGAAGAAAAUGGUGGAGUUUGAUGUUGGAAAAAAUUUUACAAUUCAAGUAAAGAUGGAUCAUAUGGUCCAGAAAAAUAAGAAGAGCGGCUGGGAGCGAAGAAUUAGGUGUUGUCUGAAAGAGGACGAAGAAUUCUACGUCUGGCAGUGGAAAGAUGAGAAAGGUGGAUGGAACCCUUACAGUGUGGUGACCUGUAUAGAUCUAGAGAGGGCUGAUGGGAAGGGUCAUGUAGACUUUGAGGCGUUCAACAGGUCUUAUUCAAUAGAUGUUGCCAAACUGGAACAAAUUAACUGUACAACUGACAUUAGAAGGAAAGUGGAAAGAGUCAAAUCAAAUGCUAUUGCGCCAGACCCAUCAUCCACAGGAACAGUAAAAUCAGAGAUACCGGAAACUGCAAAGGCUUCUGGGAAAAAAACUGCAACCAAAGUUAAACAAGAACCAUCUGAGGAAGAUGCAGGGCCAUCGAAAGGAAAGAAGGCUGCAGCAAAAAGUGGGGGAAGGAGAGGGAAAUCUGGGCGAGGGAAUGAUGCAGAGGAAGAAAAAAUCCGUACAGUGGUGAUAUCUGGGGUGGCCCCGGUUGAUGAUGAGUGUGCAUCAUUAGUUGGGAAGGCUCAAGUUUACAGUGAGGGAAGUGAUGUAUGGGAUUGCAUGUUGAAUCAGACAAAUGUUGGCAAUAACAACAACAAGUUUUACCUGAUACAGCUGCUGAAAGAGAACUCUAAGAAUGCCUUCCAUGUGUGGCAGAGAUGGGGGCGUGUUGGCUAUCGUGGACAGGACAAUUUGGUUCCUUGUGGAGGAGAUGUAGAGAAGGCUAAGGAUAUAUUCACUAAAAAAUUUAAAGACAAAACCAAAAAUGACUGGUAUCAAAGGAAGACUUUUGAGAAAGUCCCUGGGAAAUAUGAUCUGCUGGCCAUUGAUUAUGGAGCAAAGGGUGAGGACGAGACAGAUGCUGUGAAAUUGAAAAAAGAGGAUUCAGAUGUCAAAGUGCCAGACUCCAAGAUAGACCAGAAAAUUCAGAAUCUGAUGAAGAUGAUAUGUGAUAUUAAAACUAUGGAGGAUGCAGUGAGAGAAAUGAAAUAUGAUUGUAAUAAGGCACCCUUAGGUAAGCUGACAGAUGAGCAGAUAAAGGCGGGAUAUUCUGCUCUGAAGGUUAUUGAUACAUGUAUAGAGAAGGGAGACUUUGGGAGAAAACUCACAGAUGCCUGUAAUGAUUUCUACACAAGGAUACCUCAUGAUUUUGGAUUUAAAACUCCACCAGUGAUUCGAGACAAGGAGACUGUCAAGUUAAAGAUGCAACUCUUAGAGUCCUUAGAAGACAUCGAGAUUGCCAUUAGGACCCUGAAGAGUGGGGAUUAUUCCGAAAACCCUGUAGACAGACAUUACCAUUCGCUGAAGUGUGAACUGAAUCCCAUAGACAAAUCCUCAGAGGAAUUUCUGUUGAUAAAUGAAUAUCUUCAAAACACUCAUGCAACUACGCACAACCAAUACAAAAUGGCAAUUGAAGAUGUAUUCCAAGUUGAAAAAGAGAAUGAAGCUGAACAAUUUGUAGAUCAUAGCAACAGAAUGCUGUUGUGGCAUGGUUCUCGAUUGACCAAUUUUGUGGGUAUCCUGUCAAAAGGACUUCGUAUUGCUCCGCCUGAGGCCCCUGUUACAGGUUACAUGUUUGGUAAAGGUGUGUAUUUUGCUGACAUGUCCAGUAAGAGUGCUAAUUACUGCUUUGCUACACGAUCAAAAAAUGUCGGACUGUUACUGCUCUGUGAGGUAUCUCUCGGCACCACCAAUGAUUUACUGGCAGCAGACUAUAAGGCAAAUAAACUUCCAGCAGGAAAACACAGCGUUAGGGGAAUGGGGGCAGUGGCUCCUGACCCAACUCGAAACAAAGUAUUACCUAACGGGACAAUAGUUCCUGUGGGAAAGAGCAAGAACACAACUGUGAAAAAUCCUAGUGGAUAUACUCUAAACUACAAUGAAUUUAUUGUAUACGAUACAAAACAGAUCAAAAUGAAGUAUUUAGUGAAGACAAAAUUCAACUUUAAAUGACAAACUCUGAUUUUUUUCUACACAAUGCAGAUGAGAUUCGCAGUUUAACACAAUCAACUACUAAUUUUUCUACUUACUUGUUUCUUAGAUGGUGGGGCAUUAGAGCAAGGGGGGGCUGUCCUUUUUUAUGAGAACUAAGUUUGAUGAGUGUUUAAUUGUUACGUUAUAUUGACUUUUUUUCUUUAAAGUUAUUUUAAUUAGCUUUUAGACACAUGAUUUAGAUAUCAAUAAAACUAUAAGAAAUCUG